CUAAGUGGUAUACCGGAUUUUUUUAUUGGAAUAUAAAUGGAAAGCAAUUUGUAAACGCAAGAGACAACGGAAAUCAGUAUCCCCCCAUCUCCCAAUUCCUUGUAGCAAGCAAAGUUUGUACAGUGUACACCAUGGAAGUGGAAGUAUCACUGUUAGCUAUCCUUUUAGGACUAGCUUUGGCCUUUGUGCUUGCACGUUUUUUCACAAGAGACAAACCCACAAUCUUACCUGAUGGAACCAUGGGAUGGCCUCUGCUUGGAGAAACUCUUGCCUUUCUCAAGCCUCAUAAGUCAAACUCGAUGGGUAGCUUCUUGCAAGAACAUUGCUCCAGAUAUGGGAAAGUUUUCAAGUCUCAUCUUUUUGGUUCACCUGCCAUUGUUUCUUGUGACCAUGAGCUCAACAUGUUUAUCCUUCAAAACGAAGAGAAGUUAUUCUCAGCAAGCUAUCCUACCGCCAUGCAUGGCAUUCUUGGGAAAUUCUCAUUACUUCUCAUCUCCGGCGACCUUCAUAAAAAGCUGAGGAACGUAGCCGUCAGCUUCAUUGCUGUGUGUAAGUCGUCUCCAGGCUACCUCCACUGUGUGGAAAAUUUUGCAGUCUCAAUGAUGGAGUCAUGGAAAGAAUGUAAAGAAAUUGCCUUUCAUAAAGAAGUUAAAAAGUUAACACUUAAUCUCAUGGUGAAGAACCUUUUAAGUAUUGAGCCAGAAGAGCCACUAGCCGUGAAGAUAUUACAUGAUUUUCGAACUUACAUGAAAGGGUUUGUGUCUUUACCAUUAGACUUUCCUGGAUCUCCUUAUACCAAAGCAGUAAAGGCAAGAGCAAGACUUUCUUCUUCUGUUAGAGAAAUCAUUAAAGAAAGAGAAUUAAACAAGACUGUUGGCCUCACAAAAGGAGACUUCUUAGAUAUGAUAUUGUCAAAAAGGAGGUUGACAGAAGAGGAGACUGUAAGCAUUGUGUUGGACAUAUUGCUUGGAGGCUACGAGACAACCGCCACACUCAUUUCUUUAAUUGUUUACUUUCUUGGGCAUGCACCAGCCGCUUUUCAGAGCUUGAAGAAAGAACAUGAAGCCAUAAGAAAAGGCAAAGAGGAAGGGAAACCCUUAAACUGGGAAGAUUACCAGAAAAUGGAGUUCACCCAAAAUGUUAUAUCUGAAGCUAUGAGAUGCGGGAACGUUGUCAAGUUUGUCCACCGCAAAGCUCUUCAAGACAUCAAAUACAAUGAAUACAUCAUUCCUUCAGGGUGGAAAGUUUUACCAGUAUUUACAGGAGCACAUUUUGAUCCAUCCCUUCAUGAGAACCCUUUCGACUUUAAUCCUUGGAGAUGGACUGAGAAAGGGACAAGCAAAACAGUGAUGCCGUUCGGUGGUGGACCAAGGCUAUGUCCGGGGGCCGAGCUAGCUAAAGUGGAGAUUGCAUUCUUUCUUCAUCAUCUUGUCCUUAGUUAUAGGUGGAAAAUAAAAGUAGAUGAUGACUACCCAAUUGCUUACCCUUAUGUGGAAUUCCGUCGAGGAUUGGUACUGGCGAUUGAACCAGUAGAGGCUGUAACGGGAGAUGAACCUUAGUCGUCACCCCAUAUAAGAUGUGAAGAAACUAUAUCCAUCAAGAGUAGAGUACUCAACUGUGUCUCUAGCUGGUAGAAACUAAAAUAAAGGAAAAAAAAUCUGUAGAUGGAGUUUCAAUUGAUAUGCUAGUACAUAUAAUUUAAUAUCUCUUCUCUUUUGGUUUGUCAUCUUUACUAA